CUGCAGAAAUCCGGCGUUGGCGGUGGCGGGAUGGGAGGGGGAAUGGGAGCCGCCCCCGCCCCGCCCCCCGCCGGGAUCCCCGCAGCUCCGGGCCCCGCAGCCCCAGGCGCCCAGACGACUGCAGCCCCGGGGACACCCGCACCCCCCGCCCGAAGCCAGGCGGACAAACCGGUGCUGGCAACCCAAGUUCUGGGCACUGUCAAAUGGUUCAACGUCCGAAAUGGUUAUGGAUUCAUCAACAGGAAUGACACCAAGGAGGAUGUCUUUGUUCACCAGACAGCCAUUAAAAGAAACAACCCUCGGAAGUUUCUGCGCAGUGUUGGGGAUGGGGAAACAGUGGAGUUUGAUGUCGUGGAAGGAGAGAAGGGUGCAGAAGCUGCUAAUGUGACUGGUCCAGGGGGAGUACCAGUGAAGGGCAGUCGCUAUGCCCCCAACCGACGCCGUUUUCGUAGAUUUAUUCCUCGGCCGCGGCCUGCUGCACCCCCACCCCUGGUGGCAGAGGCCCCUACAGGGGUAGCUGAACCAGGUAGUGAAGGGGAACGGGCCGAGGACCCCACUCAGCGACCUCGCCGACGACGCCCACCCCCCUUCUUUUACCGACGACGUUUUGUUAGGGGCCCUAGGCCCUCCAACCAGCAGCAGCCUAUGGAGGGUACAGAUGGGGUAGAGCCCAAAGACCCAGCCCCCUUAGAAGGGGACCAGCAGCAGGGAGAUGAACGGGCACCUCCACCCAGAUUCCGACCCAGGUAUCGAAGGCCUUUCCGUCCUCGGCCUCCUCAGCAGCCCACCACGGAAGGCGGAGAUGGAGAGACCAAACCCAGCCAGGGUCCCACAGAUGACUCAAGGCCAGAGCCCCAGCGCCCCCGAAAUCGGCCUUACUUUCAACGUAGGAGGCAACAGCCUCCUGGUCCCCGGCAGACUGCAGCCCCUGAGGCCGAUAACAAAGAGCCAGUACCCCUGGGCCCACCCCCAGCAGGUGCCCCUACCCAUCGGGAGACCCCAGCAGAGGCAGUCAAGCCCAUGCCACCUCCUGCGGACACAUCUUCCCAGCCCCGAUUGGAGCCACAGCACCAGCUUGUGGAUACCUCAACCCCUGUAACCAGUGGGGACUCCCCUACCACCUUACUGGAAUGAUUCCAACUAGGGGGACAACUAGAGCAGCUAUCUGGUAUCUGCCAGCUUUUUCCAACUGCUCCUUCCCUGUCUCCCUCCCCCCACCCCUUCAAAAAAAUCCAUGACAUUGAAACAGCGGCCUUCACCCCAUCCCCUCCUUCCCAGGACCCAGGAGGGUAGAACAACUUUUUGAUUUGGUUCGACCCCACCACCCCCACCCCCAAGGGUGGAAGGAAGGGAGUACAUCCUUUGUCCACUGGAGCCAGAUCUCCCUUCCCCCCCCCCCCAGUUUAUUUUUUGGGUCUUCUCCCUCCCCCAGCCAUUUGGUGAAAUGUCAUGUGCCACCUGAGCCUCCAGUAAAA